GUCCUUGUGGGUUCAACCAUGAUAUUAAGAGGAAUAGACAGAGUGGACAGCCAGCGCCUUUUCCCCAGGGCACCACUACUCAAUACAAGAGGACAUGGCUUUAAGAGAGGGAAAAGCUGCUCACACCAGUGAACAGCUACGGCUCCCAAAACUCUGAUCUGUCUUCUCAAGCAAUGUUGGACACAAGCGAAGAAGAACUGAAGAGGACACUGAAGUACUAUUUCAUGAGUCCCUGUGACAAAUAUCGAGCAAAAGGCCAGAAACCUUUCAAAUUGCUGGUGCAAAUCAUUAAGCUCAUCCUUGUCACAAUGCAGUUAAUCCUGUUUGGGUUGAGUAACCAGAUGGUGGUAGAUUUUACAGAGGAAAAUAUGAUGACUUUUAAACAUCUAUUGAAGAAUUAUUCAGAUGACUUGGAUGAUUCCUAUGCUGUGUAUACGCAGACGGAUGUUUAUAUAUGUAUUUUCUACACAGUUGAACAGGGUUCUUUUGAAGACCCUGACCUGGAGUUACAUGCUCACUACGGUUCUUUGUGGGAAUGGGACCCCUCUAGGGGUUUCACGACUGGCCGUUAUUCGGCGUGCCAAGGACUUGGCCUAAGAGCUUCACUCACCUUUGGAGGUUCGAGAUUUCAUGGCUCUAGAGACGGUAGAUCGGAGGUCGGUGUCUGGGCAGGAGAUCAGUGCGUCAUGGGGAAUGGAACAUCUAAUGCUGUAUGCCCAGAGACUCAAGAACUUUGGGCGCAGAGCUCAGAAAAAGCAACACAGGGGACUUUUAACAUCGUAAACCAGCCAGCUGUUUGUAAUGUCUCUCCUCUCGCUGUGAAAUGGAAGCACCUCUUAUUAGGGAGAGAGAGAGUCUGUGGUAUGUCGAUUACCGGAAUGACUACCUAUGAAGAGGCCUUCUUGGUAAACUGACCCCAAUAGAUGCUACUUGUGAUUCCGGCUGUCAGAAUGCAUUAGAAUUAAAAUCCUUCAAGCAGGCGCUGAAUGUUGGGAAGACCAUGGCCUGGCUGCUUUGUGGUGAUACCAGGGACGUCUCCAUGAAGGAGCUUUAUGAGCUGGGAUCAAAUUCCACAUAAAAUGACAAAUAUAUUUAUUGUACAGGGGACCACUAGAUAUUUUGUGUAUAUAUUGGUUUGACGGGAACACUACUUGAGAAACAAUCAUGUUCAUGAUCUUGAAGUUGAGCUGGAGACAUUGAAGUCCUCCUGGCACUUUUCCACUUCAUCUCUAACAGUACUCAAGCACAAUAAGAGCCAGUACUCCCAAUCAUUGCAUGGGCUAGAAUCAUGACAGGAGCUCUCAAUGAUGUCCUGAUUUACUGGAGAAUCAGUAAAUAUGACACAGCUGGGGCUCUGUGUUUCCUGUGCUGGCUGUUUUCUUGCUUUCAGCUGUGUUGAUGAACUGGAUCAACAAAUUGGUAAAUGGGAGAGAACUAAACUGGAGACUGGUAGUGAUCUGAGUUUAAUGGUCUGAAUGCAAAAUAUUUUGCAUCAUCUACUGUUCAAAUACUAGCUGAUUUGCAUCUGAGUUUGGUUUACUCACCUGGUUCCAUAAAACCUGUAACUUAGACCUAAAUUCAAGCAAGUAUAAAGUUGUGUGUAUUUUCACAGUCUGUUCCAGGGUUCACAAACCCUUAGUACCUCCCUACUUCAUCCCCAGUUCUCCUCAAGUAAUCCCCAUCGUUUAUAGCCAUGUGGCCUUUGGCAUUACUGGUGAGUGUAAUAAUCUAAUCAUUUUCAUUCUGGUUGGUUAGGACAGUGUCAUCAAAGGGGGUUUUUCACCUUUCCACUGUCUUAGCCUGUCAUUACCUGGUUUUGACGCUGUGCCCAGGUGCUCUUACUUCGGGACUGUCGCAGUUUUCAGGGGAUAGGUCCUUCUCUUUUUAUCAAAGGUUUAACUAAGGGUUUGGUUUGCAACAGAGCUCUCUUCAGCUGGUAUUUGUGAAUGUGCCCCCAAUGGUCAAGGUUACUGAAAAUUUCAUUUCCCUAUUUUUAGAGAAUAUUUUAAAGAUGUUAUUUCAGCUUCUCCCAAUGUUUUAGUCUGAUUACAGUCUGUCCUGUAUCUGAGUUGUGGUGUGAGGCUUUGACUGUAUCUUCUGAGCCUGGAGUUCUUGCUACCAACAGGAUGCAUGGAAACGGGUCAGUGAGAGCAAGGGGGACGCUGAACAGUGUUAAAGACAUUGGCCUUCCCCCUCAAUACCUUUCCCUCACCCCUUCUACACCCUCCCGUUACCCCUCACCCCUCUACACCCACUUUUAGUCUGUACUUUUUGUCGCUGACAGUAGCUUGUCCUCACAUGACCCACCACAGUUAUACAGUUGUGGUACUGUUUUCUACAUUGUAAUAGUGGCAGCGCACAUUGCAAACAAUGAGGACUGCAGUGACAAAGUCACAUUCUGGUCUGUUGUCCAGCAAAAGGUGUUGUCUUUGUUAAGAAUCCAAAAUAAAAAUACCUGUCAUAAAUGGUCAUUAAGUGACAGGGAAGUCCAGAGACUGGGAAGAUUUGUUAACUUUUCAUUUGCC